AUGCGAUCUUUCAACAAACACAAAGUCAAGAAUAUGAGCGAUCGGAAAGGACGGCCGCCGAGGAGGUUUUCACCAUCGCCAAAAAAUCAUGACGAACUUUCGGAUAAACAAAUACCAAAGAGAAAAGAGACACCAGUCAAUGAUAUUUCGGAGGCAGGCACAAGCAAGAGCUUUAUCAACAGACGGAUUGGCCGUAAAAGAACCAGAGUUGAAAGUGCAAAUAUUGAUGUCGUGGAAACACAAACAAGCGAUUUUGUGAUUGAACAUCCAUCGAUAGGCUCGAAUUUUGAAGAUUCAUCUGAAUUGGGGAAACGAAAGCGGAGAACGCGACAAAGCGAAAGAUUUGUUUUACUAGAGCAAAAGUUCUCAAAAGAAGAGGAAUGCGCUCCGGUGAUCAGUCCACAAUCGUCACCACCGUAUCAAAGAAAUGUGGAGACGCCGUUGCUGAGAGCUGGCGAUGAUGUUGAGAUUGAUCCUGUUGGUGAGGGAAAAGAAGCGAUCGACGUUGACGAACCGCCGUGUUUGAGUGUUCUCGAGAAGAAUCCGAUGAUCGACCGCGAGAAAGACACGUCUGGCUUUACUUUCGAGCCAUUCGAGGGACCGUCAAUGAUCAAUGCAAACGAUUUAGAAGCGAAUCGCUUCUAUUCAUUGAGAUAUUUGUUUAUAUCGAUGGAACCUGAGUUGACAGAGUAUGGGGAUAAAUAUUUGACGGUGAGGCGUGAGUCGAUCGCCGAUUUUCUCAACAAAGACUCGAUUCUUGAUUGUAUCGUGAAUUGCACGAGGAAUACCCACGAGAUGGGCUGGGUGAACUGCGCUCCACCAUUGCUUCCGCCAGAAGUCGAAAACUCGUUCACUUUUUGUUUCCUCAUCGAUGGCAACCAAGUGCAACCACAGAAGACCCGUCUCGACGCACUUUCGCCGUGGAGUCGCAGCAAAGAAGAUUUCAGUAUUGAUGGGGGAGUCCCCCUGCCGACGCUGCGGUGUAAGCAACGAACGAUCUCGGUGAUUAUGGAAGCGGGCAGAUGUCGAGUCGGACAAGGAGCUCACCGAUCAUCGCCGUAUUCUCUGCACGAGUACACCGCCGUGCAUCCAUGUUCGAAUCGGUUAAAGAAAAGGAUCUACUACAUCACUCGUGACGAGGUUCCCUUUGGCGACAUUAUGGUUAUCUACGAGUUUCUCAUCGAUGGUCCAUUCCCACAGUUGACAAAGAAAAUGCAACAUGUACUUGAUAUGUAUAAAAAAGGUAACUUCUGUGCUUUGGUAACAAUUCUACCGGGUCAAGCUGGUCGUUUUGAGGGAAACGAGAAAAACCCUGAUGAGACACAUUUACAAAUCGAUCAAAAGAAUAUUAUUACGGAAAUUGUUGAAGUGGAGGAUGUUUUAGAAGAAGAGGAAUACAUCAGCACCAAUGUUUUCUCAACAUUACCACAAGCACAAAUUGAUGAGGAAGAGAUUCUAGAUGUUGUGCAAGAUCUAUCACUCACUGAUGGAGAUAGCUACACGAUGUCCUCUUUGGAGAAAGAGAAACUAUUUUCCCGAUCGACGGGAAGAGCACUCGAGAAAGAUUGGAAAAAUCAUCCGUUUGUCGAAAACGAGUUGAUCACAAUGGACGACGGGAGUCGAUGUAUUCGAGCGCAUACUGUCGUUUGGGCAAAAGAAAAGGAGUCUCUCUUGCGUUUUCUCAUCAAUGAUCCGAAGAAAAUAUUACCCGAAUGGAUCUCUCCAAAUAAACCGACUCUACCGCCAUUGGUGACCGCUUGUACGGCUUUCGUUUUCUUCGUCGACGUUGAUAAUAUCGAUUUCAACGAUUUAACAUCUGAUGAUUUGAUGCCAUGGACAACGAAUGGCUUUCACUCGAAAACCCGAAAAAUCGGAAUGACUCGUUUACCGGAUGAUAUGUGGAAAUUGGAUUUCGGGAAAAAUUGGAAACGCUUUGAGACAUUUCUCGUCGAAUAUUCGGCUGUCUUGGGACGAUGUCCGAGAUUGAGGAAAAGGAUUAUUUAUGUUCGAAGUAUGGGACAUCCGAUUGGACGAUGCAUUUUCUCGUACGAAUAUGUUGAAGAUGGACCAAAGCCAACGAUCAAUACGGAAUUUCUUGAGAAGAAAUCCCGACAAGAGACGAUUCGAGUGGAACGGCAGAAACAAAAUCGUUCACGCUUGCCUCGCUUUUUCUCAAAAGAUUUUGAAGAGGUUGAUGAAGUGAUUGAUGAAGAUGGAUUUCUUCGAGAGGAAAUUGUUGAAGAUUUAACCGCACUUGACGAGAUUCCGAUUGAUGGAACGCCGGGCACGAGUUUUGGAUUAAUUGGAGAAGAUGAGCUUCGUCUUUCCACCGAUCAUCUUGAGCAUUAUUUUCUCGAAGAUGAGAGUCUUGAGCAGCCAAAUAUUCCCGAGAUUUCUGUUUAUGGCCCAGAGGAACCACUAAGCAAUCAUGAGUUUUUCGCUGCUGUUCGCGUGAGUCAAGUCGGUGAUAUUUGCGUUCGUUUAAACGAUCCGACAGCAAUCUAUCAAAAAGCGAAUCUUCUUUCGUGGAUGAACAAUGAAACGAAUUAUUUGGAAUCGAAUCGUUUAAUCCAACAAACGAGACCCGAAUGCCCACCACUUGUAGAGAAUGAGGAGACUUUCGUUUUCUUUGUUGACAAUCGAUUUAUUGAUCGAAAAUCGUUGUACAGAGAUGCGCUCAGUCCGUGGACGGGCACAAUGAAAGGUGAAAAGCUCGGAUCGUCUUCAAAUACGAAAAGUCAGAAAUGGGGUUUGGAAAAGACGGGAAAUGGGGAAUUGAUUUCUGUUGGGAUACGGCAAGCUUUCGAUCCGAAGAUUCAAUAUGUUUUAUUCGAGAAUUACUGUGUUCAUUUUCGUUUUCCUCGACUCCAGCGACGGAUUUAUCAUAUUCUAAAUCAAAUAACGAAUCAAAUUGUCGGGAAUAUUGUGAUCGCAUAUGUUUACAACAAUCAUGGCCCAGCGCCGACGCUGAAUUCGACGAAACUCGUCGAAUUACAAAUCGAAUCCUUUACCCAGAAGAUGCCUCUUAACAAGCCGUACUCGGAAAUGAUCGAUCUCGACAAUCGUAUCCCAGUUUUGGGGAAUAGUUUUUGUUUUCGUGUUCGUGAUACACGUCUCGUUUAUGAUCGACGACGAAUACUCGAUUUAGCCUUUAACGAAGCCGAUUUGGUAUCAGAGCUCGGCCUCCUGAAUGACUCAUUCCCACGUCUUCCUCCUUUAACAACGGAAAUCGAUUGCUUUGUGUGCUUCAUUGAUGCGAAAUCUUGCUCAAUAAUUGAUCAACGACAUUUAACCGUCGAUGCGCUUUCUCCAUGGAGUGAAGGGCAAAGAGGUGAUGAGGUGUUCAUUCGUCCAAAAAUCAAGCGCUAUCUGCUAUUUCGGAAUAAGAACAAGCUGUGUCCAAAACUCGAGUUAUUGCCUGGUAGUCUAUCCAAUGCUUUGAGUCAAAAUGAGAUUCCUUGUGAGUAUUCGUUGAUCGUUUACACAGCAACACUUCCCAGAUGUCAGCGAUUGAAGAAAAGGAUUUACUAUGUGAUGUGCGGUCGAUGCAUUGUUGGAAAUGUGAUCAUUUUUUACACUUACGAUUUGAAUGGUCCUUUACCAACGGAGAUCUCUCAUGGUAAUUGCAAGAUCUCAACACUUGACUCAAAUCGGCCUUUCAAGUUUGACGAUUCUCUUCACUCUCUUCAUUCACUUACCAAACAGCCACAAGCAAAAAUUAACGAUUUUCGCGAUCUCCGCAUUGAUGUUUGCGCUUUUCUCAAGGCUUCACGAAGAGGCGAGCUCGACAGUGGAGUGGAGUGGGCUGUGGAGAAAAGAAGGAAAAGAGAUAGAAUGGAUCAAUUAAAGCAGAAAAGUGUCGAGGAGAUUCAAGAGGCAUCAACCGCACAGCCCCAAUCAUUGCCCGUUCGACAAGUGGCAAACGAAGUACAAAAGAAAAUUGACGCAAUUAUCGAUUUCACCGCCUAUCAAUUCGAUUCACGAUCAGAGAAUGAGGUUUUGGACGCUCUCUGGCAAGUGUUAUUGUUUAAGAAUGAGGAUCGCCUUUUGCACAAUAUUAAAGAGGAAUAUGGGAUCGAAUUUGUGGCAAACGAGCAGGCGAACGAGGUUUUAAUGGCCGAUGUGCAAGAAGGACAAAAUGAGAUUCUCACCAGUCCACAGAGCGUAAAAUUUCAAGAACCACAUCCAAAAGAUCAAAAA